AUGCGGCCUCCUUCUCAUCGAAGGGCCGUUAGUUCACAAUGCGUCCUCGAAACGCAGUGUAUCGCGGAGAAAGAUGAUUUACCAACCCCUCUACACAGGACUGACCGUCCGCUCUCAAUCGGCAGGCUUCUCAUCCUCACAUGCGGGACUGGCGGUCUACAGAUGUUCUGGUCCACCGUGAUGGCAAAUUUACCCCUAUUCUUGCACGAUCUGGGCAUCUCCAAGUCUUUUGUUUCUAUCAUUCUGGUUUCUGGACCUUUGUCGGGAUGUGUCGUUGCACCCAUUGCAGGUAUUGUGAGCGAUCGAUUGCGUUCUCGCUGGGGCCGAAGGAGGCCUUUCAUCCUGAUUGGCGCUGUUAUCACCGCCAUAGCGUUGCUGAUGCUGGCGUGGCAACGGGUCUUGCUCCGAGCGAUAGCGUGUUCCAGUGGCAGCUGUGGCGACAACGAGCUCCCAGUUCGGCACCUUAUUCAAGCUGGAGCGAUCUUGUGGACGAUUAUCAUGACUGUCUCCGUGCAGCCAUUGCAGUCUGGCGUCAGAAGCUUGAUGAUAGAACAAGCGCCGGCUCAGGAGCAAAACAGAGUGAGCGCAUGGGCGAGUCGGGUUGCUGGACUGACAGGAAUCGUCAGUCUCUGGGCCAGCUCGUUAAAUCUGCCUACAUUGCUCCACCUUGAGCAGGUUGCAACUCAGUUCCAGAUCUUGGCUUUUCUCAACUCGAUGGUCCUUGCAACAACAUCAAUUUUGAUUUGUACUUGCAUCCAAGAGCCAGACACACGACUUUCUAUUCUUCCUGCGACCAACACAGAUUCUGGAAUCUCGGUCCUGCUCCUGCAAUUUCGGGAAAGCCUACGGUCCUUACCUGAACGUAUCAAAAGCAUAUGCCUGGUACAGUUCUGUGCCUGGUUUGCCUGGUUCUCUCUUUUGUACGGAACAACAACAUAUAUUCAGGAGCUACAAAAGCCUCAACGUGCUAGAGCGAACGUGAAUCCAGGAGAUGGGGCGCAGGCCGGCUCGUUUGCCAGCAUGUGCUUCGCCGUGAUAGGGCUUGCGGCAAGUCUCGUGCUGCCAAUGACGCUAUCAUGGCGACUCAACGUACAAAAGAAGGCCCAUUCCAAUCCUCAGGGUAUUGUCGAUCAGGAGUCAAACCUGCUUCAUCAGUGUCUGACGUGGUCUCUCGGAUGGAUCGCAUUUCUCUUGCUGGCCGCUCCAAUGAUGGGCUCGCAGCUUUCUGGCACUGUACUGGUUGCAUUGUGUGGCGUUUCUUGGGCUGUAAGUCAGUGGGUGCCGUUUGCGAUCAUCGGACAGGAUGUCAAGAUUGACAGACCCGCUGCGGAACAAGACGAAGAUAAAACGGAGGGCCUUUCAAAAGCAGGAACGACGGUUGGCGUUUACGGCAUCGCUGUGUCGCUACCCCAAAUCUUGGCCGGCUUGACAAACAGUGUCGUCUACGGCGUGGCAGAAUCAAUGGGGAGCUCAGCACCGACGAGCUGGAUCCUCGCUUUGGGCGGAUGUGCCGCACUGGGUGCUGUAGGUCUAGCCAAGAGACUUCUAUGAUUGUAGAUUCCUGCGAACAGUGCAAGACACCUGGGCACUCGAAGUGAGUCAAUUCCGGGCGCAACAGCGGAGAGCGACACAUCAUCUUCUACCAUUCAAAAGGAAUUUGAGAGCCGUCUUUGUGGAGCAACAUUUACUUCACCCGGACUUUUACAAAGUUCCACGGAUGAGCGGCGUGCGCGUAACCAGGGCGAGAUGUCUUAAACCCAGCAGACGAAAUCAGCGCUAGGAAUUUGAGCACUACCAACCACGGAGGGAUAUCCUGAUCGGGAAAACAUCAGUUGAGGAUCCUUGUGCGUACUGACACGCAUGGCUGGAUUGAGCAGAACCUGGGAAUGAAAUGGUGCUUCAACAUCCGUAGUCAGGUCUGUGCUUCCAUAACCAGACUUACUCCCGAUUGAUCACAUCUCUUUGGAGACGAUGGAUGGUCAGCGUGGGCAGGCCGGCUAACAUGUGAGAGAACCAACGCUUGAUGUUUUGUGCCGGCGAGGCGAAUAGUAAGCUGAAAUCCGACACGGGAUCGCCAGACGUUGACUUUCUCUUCACGCCUCGGGGACCUGGACUGGAUCAUAUAGAGCUUUGCCUGUGAUGUUCAUCUUCACGCGAAGAUCUUCGGCACUGGGACUGCUGACGAGAUGGCGACUGUCUCUGCUGAACAUGUAAAUCAAGUUCAUCGGCGUUUGAGAGCGGACUCUGUCGAUGCCACAGAAAGAACCCAUAUGGCUCCCCAGGAUCCGAAUGGUUCGGCGUUUGCAGCAGCACCAGGCGACGAGAUCAACCAAGUCUGGAAGCACGAAUCGCUACGAAAAACGGGUCUUGGACCUGUUCUGGGUCUCGCCGAGCAUGUACCAUAAUCUCCAUUGCUUCAACUACAUCCG